AUGAUACCGGAAUUGCCAGCAGGGACUUUCGGACGGUACCAGCGCAUCUUAGAUGCGCCCGACGACAAUCCUAGACAAGAUAUAGCGACAGGCUCGGUUCAUGCGAUGAAAAGCCGGGACUGCUCUCCUGCCAAACCAGAAAAGGAAGGCAUUCGAUGUAUUACUUGCGCAAAGACUGGUCGCGUUCUCGACUGCUGUAAAUCGGCUCCUUGCACGACAUGUGCCGAUAUCGAUCAUGUGUUGAAACAACAGCAGUUGGAACUAGACAUAUGGAAGGAACAUUGCAAUGAACUGAACCGACAGCUUGUAGCCUGGUCUCACCAAGUCAGAAAAUUUCAGCAAGACUCUCAGGAGAAGGGCAUUGUCAUUGCGGAAAUGAAAAUGGCACGUACACACCUGGAAGCGCAGUAUCGGCGAGAUGCACAAGCGCAGAGUACUCUUGCUGCGGAGUUGGCAAACGACAAUCGGCUUCUGAGAAACUCGGCCAAAAACAGGGAAGAGCCCGGCUUUGUCAAUGACUUGAUCAACAAGUGUCGAAAUCUGGAAGAUGUGCUGGAAAAAACUCACUGGGAAUUAUAUUCCAACAUGGAAACACUUUGUGGUUCUCUCAAUGGCAAAAGCACACAGUACAUCGAAGAGCACCUUGAGAAAUACACAUGCGUAGACAAAGACUCCUGGCAGCCGUUUCUAGCGAAAGAUAACGAGCGUUCUCAGGACUCGAACGCACAAAUCCAAUCGCUGGGCCAGCAAGGACAUGCAAAGGAAGAGUACAUUGAGGAACUAAAAGAGCAACUCCAAGCCCUUCGCGAAGCUUUCAAUCGACAGCAGCGAGAGAAAGACGACCGCAUCAAGAUCCUCGCAGGCCAACUUCAAGAGGUGCAACCAGGAAAGGAUUCCAAGGAAGAAGACCAAGAUAUCCAAUGCACCAAGCUGAAAAAGGAGGUCGCUUUCAUGCCCGAGGAUCUCGCCCAAGAAGCUGAUGAUAAUAAAGAGAAUGUUGACAUACCGAGGGAAUGCACCAAGGAUGGCGAAGAUGAUCUUGAAGUACAUGUCGAGACACUGCAAACCCAACAGGGCCAGGAGCUGAAGCAACACGUUGAAGCCUCCGCCCAGCAAGUGCAGUCUCUAAAAGAGAAGCUAGGCCAAAAGGACGAGCACCUCAAAAGCGCGGAAGAACGGCUUGUUCCUAUCUUGGACGAAAAGGACCGACCGGUACAAGAAAAGGUACAAGAAAAGGUACAAGAAAAGGGCGAUUACAUCGAGAGCCUUAAGCGGCAGUGUCAGGAAGCGGACGAGGAGGACAAACGAUUGUCUAAGUUAUUAGGGGAUAGGAAGACAGUCCUAUUGCGGCUCCAGGCUCAGCAGCAGGCGCAGCUACCAAUCGAGUUUAUCAUCAGGGAACCCAAGAACAAAAAGGGAAAAGGUAAGAGAAGGUAA